AUGGCCGAGGAGCAGCCCAAGGUUGAGCUGUUCGUGAAGGCCAGCAGCGAUGGAGCCAAGAUCGGGAACUGCCCCUUCUCCCAGAGACUGUUCAUGGUGCUCUGGCUCAAAGGAGUCACCUUCAGUGUCACCACCGUGGACACCAAGAGGCGCACGGAGACCGUGCAGAAGCUUUGCCCAGGAGGGCAGCUCCCAUUCCUGCUGUACGGCACGGAAGUCCACACGGACACUAACAAGAUCGAGGAGUUUCUGGAGGCUAUGCUGUGCCCAUGCGCUAUUCCCGUCCGGCUCGCGGGCGCGGCAGCUCUGCGCGCCGCAAUACCGCCCCCCUCGGCCGCCGGGCGCGCCGGGUCUCCUCCAGCGACCUCGGCUGCGAAGUCCUCUCAGGUCUGCGUUAUUAUUUCAAGCACAUUCCAAGGAGACUGA